UUCACCAUCUUCUCAUAAACACACACACACCCACACCCAACCUUCCUUUCUUCUAACACAAACAAGCAUCAAACCUUAGCCUUCACAAACGAUCUUUUCCUACCCUUAGCUUGACCCUUUUUUGCCUGUCAAUGGCCGAUGAAGUGGGAGCACCGAAAGACCGCAAGAUCUUGGUGGCUGUUGAUGAGAGUGAGGAGAGCAUGCAUGCUCUUUCAUGGUGUCUCGAGAAUGUUUUGUUUUGCAGCAAUUCCAAGGAUACACUAAUCCUCCUCUAUGCUAUCCCCACCAGGGCUGUCUACCCGACUUUUGACAACACAGGAUAUGUGUUUUCUUCUGAUUUCCUGGCCAUGAUGCUGAAGUAUAACAAUGACGUGGCUGGUUUUGUUACAGAGAAGGCUAAAAGAAUGUGUAAAGAACAAGUUCAAGACGUUAAGGUGGAGACGCGAAUAGAGCCUGGUGAUCCGAGGGAUGUUAUUUGCGAGGUGGCAGAGAAGUUGCAUGUUGAUGUGGUGGUUAUGGGCAGCCAUGGCCAUGGCUUGAUCAAGAGGGCAUUUCUUGGAAGCGUGAGCAACCAUUGUGUACAGAAUGUGAAGUGUCCAGUUCUGAUAGUGAAGAGGCCCAAGCCAGAUUCUGGGUGCAAAUGAUACUAUAUUAUCACCUAUCAGUCAGUAUUCAUGGAUUUUAUUUUAUUCCCUUCUAUUUUCUUUUGACUUGUCUCUCUUCAUCUCUUCUCCUGUUGUAUCUGGAUGGGCCUGGUUGAAAAAUGCAAGGGUUUUUGCACAUCCAGUGGGGGCCAUAAUAACCAUUAGCAAUGUGCAGAUGCUAAUUCUAGACCUAAUCCAGUAAUAACAUUGGCACAGACCUGUCUAACCUAAGGGAAGAUUGAUGAAAAAAUAAGGUAAGAGAACAAAAGAGAGAGAUAAAGGUAAAGAGCUUCUCAGCUGAGCAUUUGUGGAACACGUUCAAACUGCUUCAUGAAUGUGAUUAUUAAAACACAACUCUCAUUCAUUCUCAAGGCUAAAAACGAUCAGCCACGCAAGUUUUGCAUGCAUGCAUUUCUCAA